AUGGCGAAGAAGCGAAAGGAGGAAUUUCGUGCGAGUCUAGCGUCACAAAAGGAGGCAUCCUUGCGGACGUGGAAGGGUUUGGGUAAGACCGUCUCCACCAUCGCUCUUCUCCUCAAGGCUGGGCCAAGGACCAAUGGCAUUGACCCUACCAUUGACAAGAUCAAAGGUGGCAGCCUCAUUCUUUGCCCAAUGAAGUGGGAGCGUGAGAUCGCGAUCAAGGUGGCGCCCCAGGCCCAGCUCUCCACGCUUGUCUACCACGACCAGAACAAGCGUAAGGCAACGCCCGAGACGCUGGCAUCAUACGACGUGGUGAUCACCACGUACGGGGUCGUGGCCAAGGAGGUGCCAUACAAGUCCAACGUGGUCACGAAGGACUACUGUGGUGUUGACUACAGCCAGAUUGCUCCGCUCAAGAAGAGACUUGAGAAGAGCUGGCAUCUCCCGUUCGGUCCGCUGGCCACAGUGGCGUGGCAUAGGGUGGUGCUGGACGAGGCGCAAUCCAUCUGGAAUGCCUACACCCAAGUCUCGCUCUCUUGCAGGGAUCUCUCUGCGACCUACAGAUGGGGUCUCUCGGGAACGCCCUUGCAGAACAACAUCAAGGACCUCUUUGCUUUCUUCCGCUUUCUCCGGAUCAGCCCACACAAGUCUCAUGCGGAUUUCAAGCUCCACUACGAGCAGUUUGAGAAGACGGGCAUCUCAGCGACACUAAAAUGCAUUGUCCUGCGGCGAAGCAAGACCUCGCUCAUUGAUGGCCAGCCUGUGUUGAGCUUGCCACCGAGGCUGGUCAGCCGGGUGGAGGUGGAGCUCUCAAGCCCAGAGCGACAAAUCUCUGAGUCACUUCGACGCGAGUACAACAACAGGAUUGACGAGUACAGUAAUGAAGGGACGCUGCAGAAGAAUAGGUUCAAGAUCUUGAGCAUGCUACUGCGGCUCAGGCAAAUGUAUGACCAUCCUGCACUACUCAAGAGUGAAGAUCUGUUUCAAGGUGAUGAUCUGGGAGAAGAUAAUGACGAUGAGGACCAGCAGCAUAUGAGACAAGCAUUGAACUUGAAGAAGCUCCAGCUGGAGGCCCAGGAGAAGCAACACGAUUUUGAGCGAGGUGUGCAGGAAAUCGGCCAGUCCGCAAAGUUGAGAGCCGCCAUGGGUGUUCUCAAGAUGAUCCCUCUGGGAGAGAAAUCCCUUAUCUUCUCGCAAUGGACUUCGAUGCUUGACCUGAUCGAACUGGAGCUGGGGGAUCAAAUUCACCAGAAUUGA